CCAUUGGCAGAACGUUUGUUGCUGUGGGCGUGGUCCGUAAAAUGCAUUGUGUCUAUUGGCUGACAACUGAAUAUGCAAAAAAACAAAUUAAAGAAGUUCGGAAAGAGAGGCUCGCAGAGCGGACCGCUCCUUUACUACGUACAGCGGAGUAAAGAGUAAAGUACGGUGUUUGUGGUACACACCUGUCUCUGUAUGAGAUGGACCGGCGACAAGACUGCAGAGGAACUCAGAUACUGGCAUCAAAUGUGAAUCGUGUAACAAAGAGGCGAACGCGCGAGCCUGUGAAGAUGGAGACGUGCCUAGAGCUGGCGCUGGAGGGGGAGCGCCUGUGCAAAGCUGGUGACUAUCGUGCUGGGGUCUCCUUCUUCGAUGCAGCCUUGCAGGUGGGGACGGAGGACCUGCAGAUCCUCAGUGCCAUCUACAGUCAGCUGGGGAAUGCCUACUUCCACCUGCAAGACUACUCCAAGGCCCUGGAAUUCCACCGACAUGACCUCACCCUGACCAGAGCUAUUGGAGAUCAGCUAGGAGAAGCUAAAGCAAGUGGUAACCUUGGUAACACUUUGAAGGUUUUAGGGCGGUUCGAUGAAGCAGUCCUGUGUUGCCAGAGGCAUCUGGAUAUAUCUAAAGCCCUUCAUGAUAAGGUAGGGCAGGCGAGAGCGCUGUAUAAUCUGGGGAACGUGUAUCACGCCAAGGGGAGGAGUCUGUGCUGGAGCGGGGCCGAUUCCGGAGACUUUCCAGAGGAGGCAAUGACUGCGCUGCAGACAGCGGUCCAGUUCUACGAGGCUAAUUUGCUGAUGGUGAAGGAGGUAGGGGAUCGUGCAGCCCAGGGGAGAACGUAUGGAAACCUGGGCAACACACACUACAUGCUGGGCAACUUCAGGAACGCGGUCGUAGCCCAUGAGCAGCGGCUCCUCAUUGCCAAGGAGUUUGGGGACAAGGCUGCAGAGAGGAGGGCGUGUUGCAACUUGGGAAACGCGUAUAUUUUCCUUGGCGAAUUCGAAGUGGCAGCUGAGCAUUACAAGAGGAUGCUGCAGCUAGCCCGGCAGCUGCGAGAGCGGGCCGUGGAGGCGCAGGCCUGCUACAGCCUGGGGAACGCCUGCACGCUGCUGCAGGACUACGAGAAGGCCAUCGACUACCACUUGAAGCACCUAGUCAUUGCGAGGGACCUGAACGACAGGGUUGGAGAAGGACGCGCCUGUUGGAGUUUAGGGAACGCCUACACAGCUUUGGGAAACCAUGACCAGGGUCUGCACUUUGCACAAAAACAUCUGGAAAUAUCCAAAGAGACUGGAGACCGAAGCGGAGAGCUGACGGCUAGAAUGAACGUCUCUGACCUUCAGGUGGUCCUUGGUCUCAGCAACAACUCCAGUAACUCUGUCCUGCCUGAAAACCAAGAUGCAGAGCACAGUGGUCACGGGACAAGGCCAGGGAUUGGAAGGAGACGCAGUAUGGAGAACAUGGAGCUGAUGAAGCUCAGUCCGGAAAAGACUAACGCAAAGUCCUCCCUCACCAAGUCGACCUCCAGGCUGUCCUUCCUCAGUCGCUUCCGGGCCAGGAUGCACCGGAACAGUACGACCUCCGUCAAAGUCCUGCUGGCAACCAGCGCCAACCAGGACCUGGAGGAUGACGGGCAGAAGCCAAGUAAGGGAGUGAGCCCAGACAUGCUGGGAGAUGAGGGCUUCUUCGACCUGCUCAGACGCUUUCAAAGCAAUCGCAUGGAUGACCAGCGCUGUGCCAUACAAGACAGGAAGGGUCAGAGCUCCACACCCUGCAGUCCAUCAAUGACGUCACCCAGCGCUCUGAAGAAAUCUCACUCGGUGUCAGUUUGUUCUCCACACGACCACUUCUUGGACAUGGUGGCCAGCUCCCAGAGCAGACGCCUGAAUGACCAACGGGCCAGUACAGACCACCUCCCGGGCCUACGACUCACCCAACAGAGCUACCAGUCAGGCCUUAGCCACUUGAUGGCCUGCGGGGAUAGCAAGGAGCCCCCAGAGGAUUUUUUUGACGCACUGAUCAAGUGCCAGGGUGCCAGGCUAGAUGACCAGAGAUGCACAGAGCCUACGCCGGCCCCAAAGGGCCCCACUGUCCCGGAUGAGGACUUCUUCAGCCUUAUCCUACGUGCUCAGGCCAAGCGGAUGGAUGAGCAGCGGGUCACUUUCUCCUGCACCACUGGGAGGCCCAGCUCAAACUGAGCCACCUCCUGUUCCAGGAACCAAAGGGACAGGCCUCCAGCUUAGCCACUUCUUCCUCAUGCUUCAGGAACUAGAAGGACAGUUCUCUAGCCAUAUCAUCCUCCUUGAGCAGGCCUCAUGUGGAAGUACCUCCUCUUCCAGAGGGACAGGUCUUCAAAAAUAAUGGACAGCAUGCUUUGUGGACCAACAUGUGGCAGUAGAGGAAAGCACACAUUAUCGGAGCAGUCAGUGUGCAAAUGGGCCACCCCGAAGCGGUAAAAACCCAUACAUCUGAGAAAUGCUUCCGCUAAACCGUAUAUCCAUACUAAAUAUGUACACUGCCUUACCUAGUAAUUUAUGCUGACUUCUAAAUGGAUUUUUAAAUAUUGUAUAACAAGCGCUUAUUUGUUUUGUUUUACCAAAACUUGGAAUGUGAAAUACUGCAAGAGGAAAUGUGCAGCAUUUUGUUAAAAACUUCGUUCAGUGUUCGUAAAAUGUUCACAAGAGAGGGCAGGGCAAAAUGUAAAUUUGUGAGUCAGUACUUUUUACAAAAACAAAUUACCAUGCACUUCCUUCUCUCUUUUUUACUUCCUGAUUUAAAGAGAUCAUUGAGAAAUAAAAAUUGACAACAUA